UCCCAGCUCUCCGUCCCGGCCAGGAAGAGACCCUUUCGUGUGGCCCUCGCCCCUCACCGGUCUCCCCAGAGACCCUACAAGUCACACUUGCUCCGGGACGUUUCCUCCCCAGCACAGUCCGUUUUCUCUCCGUGGCGUGUCCACGCGCAGCCGGUGCACCAGGUGCACCUAGGUCCGGGGACCCCAGACCCAGCUCCCCCGCUCCCCCGCUCCCCCGCUGGGACCCCGCGCUCCGCUGCCCUGCGCCGGAAGCCUCUGCGCCGCCCCUUCCCCGCGCCGCUGCCCUUAUCUCUGCGCACAGGGGCCUCCGGGGAGUGGCGGGCGCCGGGAGGGAGCCGGCGGCAUGGGCCGGGGACCCCGGGGCACGCGGCGCUCGCCAGGCCGCCGGGUGCUGCCCCUGCUGCGGCUCGUGCUGCUGCUCGGCCUGGCCCGCGGCGUCAGCGGAGAACCGGGCACGGACGAUUUAGACGUCUGUGCCACUUGCCAUGAACAUGCCACGUGCCAGCAAAAAGACGGGAAGAGGAUCUGCAUUUGCAACUACGGGUUUUGGGGCAACGGGAGGACGCGGUGCGUCGAUAAAGAUGAGUGCCAGUUUGGAGCCCCUGUGAUCUGUGGGAACCACACGUCCUGCCACAACACCCCUGGAGGGUUCUACUGCGUUUGCCACAAAGGCUACCGAGCUACAAACAACAACAAGACAUUCAUUCCCAAUGAUGGCACCUUCUGCACAGACAUAGACGAAUGUGAUGUUCCUGGCCUGUGCAGGCAUGGAGGUCAGUGUGUCAAUACUCCUGGGAGCUUUGAAUGCCACUGCAUGGAAGGAUACUUGGCAAAGAAUGGUCCUGAGCCUUUCCAACCAAGCACAGACGGCACAUUAUGCACAGAAGUAGACUGUGGCACCCCUCCUGAAGUCCCUGGUGGCUACAUCACAGGAAAUUACAGCUCCACACUGGGUGGGCAGGUCCAUUAUGGCUGCAAAGAAGGGUUUCUCAGGGUCUCAGGAGAUUCAGUUUCCCGCUGCACGGCCCUGGGCAUGUGGGAAUCUCCGAAGUUACAUUGCCAAGAGAUCAGCUGUGGUAGCCCUCCUAAAGUCCAGAACGCCAUCUUGGUGAGGAAUUGCACCUCCAGCCUGGGCAGUGUGGCUCACUAUGUCUGUCAGGAGGGCUUUGAGAGUUCCGGAGGGACGAUCACUUCUGUUUGCACAGAGGAAGGCUCCUGGAGUGAUGUCACUCAUACAUGCACAGAAGUAAUGAUUGAAAUUCGUAAUGUGUCUGUGUUUAAUGGCACCUGUGUAAGGUGGCAAAUAAACCCAGAGAGCAUGAACUCCAAGAUCACGUACGUGGUACACAUUGAAAGACAGCAGCCAGAUGCUGUGGAAUCCGUUCAUGAGGAGACAGUCAAUGUGACCACAGACAGCAGGACCCCAGAAGUGUGCCUUCACCUCCAACAAGGUGCCAAUUACACCAUGAGCAUUUCGGCAGCCCCUCCCCGGCGCUCUGUGCCCACCAUCCUUGGUUUCCAGAUGGCUGAAGAUGAUCUCUUAGAAGAUGGCGGAAUUCUCAAUGUUUCAGUAUUUAAUGAAACUUGUUUGAAGUUGAGCAGUCAUUCUAGGAAAGAUGGGUCAGAACAAAUGUACCAAGUCAAAGUUCUGGGUCAGAGGUGGUAUCUGGAAAACUUUUAUCAUGCCACUCUGUUUAACUUCACAACAAGAGACCGAGCUCCGGAAGUGUGUUUAGAUCUGUACCCAGCCACUGAUUACACAAUAAACAUCACCCUUCUGCGAACCACUGAGCUACCCUCGGCACAAAUAACCAUAACAACCGCACUAACAGCAAAACAGACCAUCACUAAUAUUUCAAUAUAUAAUGAAACCUGCCUGAGAUGGAGAAGCCUGAAGUCAGCCAAUGUGGAAGAGAUGUAUUUAUUCCACAUUUGGGGCCAGAGAUGGUCUCAGAAGGCGUUUGCUCUGGAAAUAGUCUUUAAUACCAGUAGCAGCAGCCAGGCCCCUGAGAUAUGCCUGGACCUGCAUCCAGGCACCAACUACAAUAUCAGCCUGCAGGCUUUGUCUUCAGCUCUUCCUGUGGUCAUCCACCUAACAACCCAGAUAGCAGAGCCCCCACUUCCAGAAGUAGAAUUUUUCACUGUGCAAGGAAGGCCUCUACCACACUUCAGGCUGAGGAAAGUCAAGGAGAUAAAUGGACCUAUCAGUUCAUAUCAGCUGUUGGUCCUCCCCCUGCCCUUGGAGAGCACGUUCCUUUGUGGUUCUGAAGGCAUGACUUCAUUUUUUGGCAACACCUCUCAUGCUGAUGGAUAUGUAGCUGCGGAAAUACUGGCCAGUGAUGUUCACGAUGACACAUUGGAGAUACCUAUUGGAGACAGGCUGUACUAUGGGGGAUAUUACAACGCACCUUUGAAACCAGGACAUGAUUACUGCAUUCUAUUGCGGAUCACAAGUGAAUGGAAUAAGGUGAGAAGAUAUUCCUGUGCCAUCUGGGCUGAGGUGAAAGAUUCGUCCCUCACACCACAGCAGAUGGUGGGGGUUGGACUGGGCUCCGUGGCUUUUGUGACUAUUCUUGCAUUCCUGUCUUUCUCAGCAGUGUGAUGGCUGGUGAGCACUGCAUGGGAAGACUUCUUUGAUGAUGAACAGUUGUUCCUACAGCUUCUCGGGUGCCUGGACUGUGGGGCUCCCAUCCAGAGCCCUUGUGUGGACCUGAAACUUUCUCCAUCCUGCAUGGCCUCAUUCCUGAAUUCAAGAUGGCAGCCAUCUCUGUGGAAUCUUCCAAAAGGAGAAAACUUGGGAACUGUCCACUCCUGUAGACAUCAGAUGUGCACAGGCCACAGCCCUGAGAGUCAGCUUCCAUACUGACCACAGGCCACAGAGCCCAAGAGUCAGCUCCUGUAGACACUGGAUGUAGGUACCCUUGCUAAUUAGUUCAGGAUUCAUUCUUUCACAGUAGGUAGUGAGAUGGGCUUAAGUCUGGGCUGGAUUUUGGCUUUCUGAAAGAGGUCAUUGGAUAAAGAACCCUGACAUGAGUAAGUGUUUCAAGCAUUUUAGA